AUGGACCUAGAUGUUAUCAAACAUCAACAAGUUAGUUGGCCGCACCAAAAUAUAUCACAAAGAUGUUUGUCAGGGGUUUUUUCAUUUGCUGCCAAGUAUGGUCUAUUCGCAACACGAAGUGUUGGUACUCCUUUAGAAUCAACAGCUUCAAUUACGAGUUUCUAUUGCUUUUUAAGAAGGAAUAUUAAAAUACUCACUGGUGAGUUAAUUUUUCGUUCCCACGAAUUCUCAGCCAAACUGCACGUUAGUUAG